AUAUCGUAAUGGCGGUAGCCUGAACUAUUUUGAAUUCUUAUCUGCUUUUCGAGGUUUACGGCGCGUCUGCGCGGUAAAAUGACCUGUUUUAUUGGUAAAAACGAUUUCUAAGUUUACUACUAUAAUGGAUUCUGUUGUUGGCGACGACGUGACCCUCCCUGUUGAUGUCAACGGAAGCUGCCAGCUCCCAGACUCCAUAAAUGCAGGAGAGUUUUCUUCAGACAACAUGACAGCUCCAUUGUUUCCUGAAAAGAUGUCCCCCAUCAAAGCUCUCACCAUGAAGGACUAUGAGAAUCAAAUCACAGCUCUGAAGAAAGAGAACUUUAAUCUGAAGCUUCGCAUUUACUUCAUGGAGGAGCGUAUGCAGCAGAAAUGUGAUGACUCCACUGAAGACAUUUUCAAAACGAACAUAGAGCUUAAGGUGGAGUUGGAGUCGAUGAAGAGAGAGCUAGCUGAGAAACAGGAGCUGCUUGUGUCUGCAUCUAAAGCGUUGGAAAGUCUAGCGGGUCGAGAAUCGGGAGAACCCCAGCGAGUCAGAGAGCAAGCUCAGAGGGAGAUGGGCGCAUUAAGAGAUGUAUUCAACAAAAGGAUAACAGAACUAGAACAGAAUUUACAGGCAGCAGAAGAAGAGGUUGAGAGGAUGGCGGCCAUUGCUGAAGAGGAGAAGCUUAAGAAUAUAAACAUGGAGAAGCAACUUCAGGCUGUUGCUUCAACAGACAUCCAUGCCCCGUUUUCUCUCCCAAGAACAGUACAGGAUUUACAGCAAGCUCUACGGGAGAGUGAUAAUGAAAUCAAGCAGCUCAAGAUCACCGUAAAGAACCAGGAGGCUUUGAUCCAACAGCAGAACAGCGGAGACUCACAGACAGAGCCGCAAUCAACCAAACAGUUCUCUGAGCUUAUUGUAGAAAAAGACCAGGAGCUUAAGGAACUGAGGGACGAGCUUCAAAGAGAGAAAGACAAAGCGCAGCCAGACCAACAGAAAUGUCCUGGCUACACCACAGAUGACUACAGCAGCCUCAGAGGAUUUGAUCUGACUGAAUACGUGGGGGAGAGAAGCGGGCGAUUGUCGAAAAUCCAAAGCUCCAUGAAGGACCCGUGUCGUAUAUGUGGUGUCCGUCUGGUGGGUAGCCAGUGCCGCUGGAUAUUUAGUUCAUCGGGGAAGAGGAAGCUGCAGGUCAUCCUGUCCCACGUGUUGGGUCGGGAGGUGAUCCGAGAUGGUCGUGGAGAGUUCCUCUGUGGAAAAUGUGUGUUCCAGCUGGAGAAGGUUAUUCAGUGUGAUAUUAAUAUCAACCAGUUGCAAGAUGAGCACAACAAUAAGAUUCAGAAAUUCCUGACGGAGAAGGAACACCUGAUCCAGUGCAUUGUCCAUAUCUACAACAGAAACAAUCCUGGGAGUAGUUCUAGGGGAAGCGCCCGCUCCAGGACUCCCCUCAGGUCCUCUGAGGUUGGCAGUCCCGAUGUGGACGCCGUGUGUCAGCCGCUCCACGAAGGACUGCUUUUCAGGGAACAUGGGAGCGUUGACGGGGAGAUUCGCAUGAGAAGGUGUGUGAGUCUGGAUAGAAUCGUCGGUAAAGGAGUGCUACCUGGCCGCUUGGGGCUUCGGAGCAGCAGACUGGGAUCAGGCGCUGGGCUAGAUGGAUGCAUGAAGAAUAUCGGACUGAGUGGCACACGUCACCGCUCACAGAGCAUGUACCUUGAUCUGGUGCAGCGCAAGGGAACGCUGUCUAGGCAAGGAUUCAAAAGUCACUCCACUUCUCUACAGUCUCUCAACAGAGACUUCUGCUCUGACCAGCCUGCAGAUCGUUCGCACAAGCGAAAACUUUGGGACUCAAAGUUGUUUCUUUCUGGGCAUGGUACCAACAGUGACACAAGAAGAAAAGUUCAGCCAAAAGCAAUGCUCCACAGGUCCUCAAGUCAGCCGUCUGUAAUCUCUGACCUAAUCCAGCUCCUGCGCUGCAUCUCCAAGCACCAAGUGUCUGCCCCCUCAGGCAGUCGUAUUCCCGUGCUAAUGAGGUUAAACACCGGUGCUGCCGUUACUCGAGCCAAACUAAGAAACAGAGAAUGGACAUUUCUGCAAGAUCUCACUGAGGAGUUUAAUGAUCAGUAUGCCCCUGUCAAAGUAAAGGUAGAUCAUAAGAGCAAUAUAAAUCGAUUGGAGUCCGUCAAUAAAAUGCUGACUGAAGAGCUCAACCGGGUGAAAAGCGCCAAUGAAAACAUGACAAAAACACUGGCGGAAUCACAGAAUCACAACAAGACCCUUUCUGUGACGUUGGAGGAGAAGGAGACUGAGCUUGACACAGAGAAGAAAAACACUCUGAAGAGAGAUAAAACCAUCCAAGGGCUUACCCAGGUCCUCAGAGAAAAGGAAAAAGAGAUUGAGGAACUUUGUCAGGAGAUUGAGGACAGAGACGAUGCUUUGGCCAAGGCCAGAGAGGCUGCACAUAAAGCCCAGCUGCAGAAAUACCAGGGAGUAGAGGAGCAUCAAAGCCUGUUAAUGGAAAAACAAACUGAGUUGGCCCAACUCCAAGGGGAGCAUCACACCAAGGUGCUCGAAGCCCAAAAACUACAGCGUGCCUUGGACAGGAAAGAACAAGAACUUGCUGACAUGCAGCAGUCAAAGGACCAACUUGAGAUGGAACUAGAAGACAUGCAGCAACAGAAAAAGAAAGGAGACAAAGCCCUAAAUGAUCUCGCCAAUCAGCUGAAAAAAGUGAACGGUGAGAUGAAAGAACGGGAAAGUGCUCUGGAACAGCAGUACCAGGAGAUGCUGGAACAAACCAAAAGAAAGCUGCACAGCCAUGAAGUCACCAUCCAGAGGCUCACAACCACACUGGCUGAUAAAGAGCAGCAGCUACAGGAAUACAUAAACAUGGUCAGAGACUUGGAGCAAAGCAAAAGCCCCGGCAGUAAUGACGGCAUGCUCACCAAGCUGCGGCAAAGGCUAAAAGAAAAUGAGAGCGCCCUGGAGCAAGCUCUGGAUGACAAAUUUUCUGCCAUUGAGGAGAAGGACAAUGAGAUCCACCAGCUGCAGCUUCAGCUCAGAGAAAAGGAACGGGACUUGGACCGGCUCAAUAACCUGCUCACUCAUAAUGAGGAAACCAUCAAUCCACAAAGGAGAGAUGCUACUGAAUGUGAGAUGUUGACCUCGGAGAAAUUAUUUUCCAGAAUAUUAAAAGAAGACUUGUUUAUGGAGUGGUUGGGACAAAAAACAAGUCUAACCUACGGAUUGCGUUUAUUUGCCGUUUUCUCUCCUAAGGAGUCUGCAGAGCACUUUAACCGCAUGCUUUCUGAGCGUGCUCAGGAGAUUCAGGAACUGAGGAAGCAGUUGGCUGAUAAGCAACAGGAGCUUGCCAAAGCUGAGAGGAAAAGCUUGUCAACAACCCAAGAGAGUUAUUUAGAGACGGCAGAACUAAGAACCCUGCUUUUGGAGAAAGACGGCCUCAUUAACAAGCUUUUGCAGCGGGGUCAGGAGAGGGACAAGUUCUUGGCAGAGAUAAGUCAGAAGGCCGACGGAGAUCACGUGUUGGAGCUCAGGCAAACAAUUCAGAUCAUGCAAGAGAAACUUGAUGAGAGAGAAGCUGAGCUAUCAAGGAGAAACACCGAGGACAAUCAGGAGAACAUUCCAGUCUCCAAGAAAACGGUUGUUGUCCUGAAGAAAGAGUUGGCUCAGAAAACUGAAGCGCUGAACAUAGCUCUGAAGAGGGAAAACGAACUGAAGAUUUCUUUGGCUGAUCUCCAGUCACUGCUGUCCGAGCUCCAGGGUCGCAGUGAAGGUCAAGCUGCCAACAUUGAUUCCCUCACUGCUACACUGAAGACCAAGGAUGAGAUUAUUAAUGUUCUCCAUCAACGCCUUGGCCAGGGAAGUCACAGCCAGACUGAUUCUACUCAAGACCAUCUGAUUGGCUCCAACAUGGAUAGAUCCCUUCCUGCACUGCCUCAGAGAGAGAUAACCAUGAUAGGAGGAGACAGCCAGCAGAACGCUUUGCCCCAUCGUUCGGCCUUGCAGCAGGAGCAUGAUGCUCUAAAUAAAGCCCUGAGAGCUGAACAGCAGCUGUACUCCAGUUUAGUUCGGACUGUGAAGGAGCCGGAUAGUGGCCAGCGUCUCCAUGCUCUGCAGCUGGAACUGACAGCAGUUCAGCUGCUCAGGCAGCAGCUAGAAGACAGCAUCAAAACUAAUGAGGAGCUCAGGGAUGACUUGGAGACAGAGAUACAGAGAGCCAAACUCAGAGAAGGUAUGGACCUCAUUGAUCCUAAGGAACUGGAGAGCAUGAGGCAUCAGCUUGAGGACGCCCAGCGCUGGAACGCGUCACUGCAGGCUCGCUUGGGAGCAAUUCAGAACCGUGGAGGAGGAGUUGGCGGAACCAGCGAUGGUGGUGAAACUUUGAGUUUCAUUGGAGAUCAGACGUCUUACAUGAGCAUCUGUGUGGGAGAAGGGCCUGAUGAUGGCUCGCUUCAGCUUUCUCCUCAGGAGCUUCAGCAGAAGGUGCUGGAUUUACAGGAGCAUGUCGCUGGGCUUCAGAGUUUAAACAAUGAGCUGCAGAGCAGAUUAUCACAAGUGGAGAAGUCAGAGCGGGACGCUUUGGAAAGGGAAGACAAAGAUCUGACUGGUAGAAGCCGGUUCAAACAGCAGCUCCAGGAGAUUUGUGAGAGGCAGCCACAGUGUGACACUGACAGGGAACGUCUUCCUGGUCAAGAUAAAGAGAUCCAGACAGAGACAAGCACCUUAAGAAAGACUGAAUCUAGAAAUCUGCUCGGUGAUGAAAACAUGACCAGCAGGUCCAGCCAGGGUAGAGGGCAUGCUCACUCUGUCAGCACCCUGUCACACAGCGGAGGCGACGGCGGUGCAGAAAGCAACACGGAGGCUUUGGCGCGGACGUCUGAGCUGGCAGGAUUUGUGUCAAACUCUAAGCAGCAUCAGAGAGAGGAACUACACCGACUUCAAUCAGAAAAUCUGAAGCUGUGGGGUCUAUUGAAGGAACAGAAGUCCACUGAGUGCAAAGAAAAAGAGAGCGCAGAUGUCUCGGGGAACAGCAGCGAUGGGCAGGCUGAAUUAAGGAGGAGUUUGGAAACGUUUCUGUCUAAUCCUAAACGCGGUUCCACGAUCUUUAAAUCACCAAAGCAAACUCCAAAGAAAUCAAGCAAAGCGUCGGCUGGAGAGAGCGCCGUCACUAAUGUCAGCUCUGCAGAUAAAAAUCCGAAACCUCAAAGUAAAACACACCACAAGUCUCCAAAGCAGCAUGUCACCAGACACAGGGCUGGUGUCAAGUCUCGCCUCCCUGUGCCUGUGAGGCUCAGAGCAGAGGGCAGCACUGGCAGGCAGUCUGUGACCUCUGACCCGACGCAGACUGACGCACAGCAACACUCUGCUCUGGAAGAUGUUUCUGGUUCUGACCAGCAGCUGCAUACCAACUCAGAUUCAGCACCGCAAACCACCGUCAGACACUCACACACUAGCUGCAGCCCUGCAGAGUCAGACGAGGGCUCUGAUCCCGGAGCGCCGGUGGAUCACGCCCACAGCGAAUCUGCUCUUCUUUCCCAACUCGAGCUCCUCCACCAGGAAUGCCAGGAAAAGGAGGUUCUGAUAAAUAAGAUGAGGAAGCAGCUCAGCGACCUGCAGGAGCUGCAUGCUCAACUGCAGGAAAGGGAGAGACAGAAUGCCCAGCACGCUGUGGCCUUGCAGGCUGCGCAAUCCACCAUUGCUUACUUGACAGCCUGCAGUCUGGACAACCAGAGCAGCUUUGGUCCGCACCCCAGUUCUGGCUCUGUGGGUUCCGACGUCGACCUCCACAGUAGAUGCAUGGAGUUGCAGAAAGCACUUCAGGAGAAGGAAGAGCUCAACAACCAGCUCAUCGAGCUCCUGAGCAUGGCGGAGAAAGCCAUCGCUUCUUCUCAGAGCCAAGAUGAGAAAUCUGAAACGGAUGGUCUCUCCUCACGGAUAGAGGGUGCUUUACAUGAAGUUCACACACACUCGCACAGAGAUAGCCCAGAUCAAGCCAGCGGCCAAACUGAGAACUCUGUGCUUGAGCUGCAGCAGCAUGCAGACUCUUUGCAAAAAGCCCUGUUAGAACAAAGUAAGCUAAACGCAGAGCUCCAGGAGCAAUUAAGGGCUGCAAAUGAAGCUGCACAGCGUGACGGUUCUCAUUUAAUUGGCCCCACCUGGAGGCAAGGAGAUGGAACUACAGAGUUGCUUGAAGAUGACGAGUCGAGGGAUGACGACAGUGCAAAGAGAGGUUGUCAUAAUCCCGAUUUAAAUCAAGAAAUGUUUAGCGUCGUACUGAAGUGCUUCAGCGCAACAGAGGCUGCUGUUUCCUCGUUAGCCGGCCACUGUAAAAACACAGCCUCCCCAGCCUCUCAUAAAUCAGAACUAAACGCUAGCCUGCAAAAAGAUUUUGACAAUCUUCAGAGAGCGCUUCAAGAGAGAAGCAAACUGACUGAAUCUGGAGAGCAAGGAAGGAGAAGCAGCAGCGAUCUGCCCUCUGCCUCAUUGGAAACAAAAGAGCCGAAGCUCUAUUGGGAUCUCUGUCACCUUCACAAGGUUCUCAGCGAUUACUCUCGAAGAAUAAGUGACCUCCAGGGCUGCGCGCAGCAAGAGAGAGGUCACAGAAGAGAGGGCGAGGUCCGCUGGGUCGAACACGAUGACAAGGGAUUACCACCAGAUGUUAAGCUCCAACUGGAGACAUUACAUAAGGCUCUGAGGGAGAAAAAGAAAGCGUACAAAAACCUGGAGGAGAAACUGGCCACCGCUCUUACCAGCACAUCCUCUACAGAAACUAUAAGAAAAGCCGCUCCUGAGCAGGGACACAAAAGCGUGCAGGUGGAUUUGCAGGACCUGGGUUACGAAACCAGUGGCAAGAGUGAGAACGAUAGGGAAGAGAGCAGUAGCACAGAUCUAGAGGUGGGGGUGAACCCCAGCUGCAGUGCGUCCAGCCUGCCUUCACUCUUGAAAAAUGAACAUGCCGCCUUCUCCUCCACCGAGAACUUGGACUCGAACUCCAGCACUCCUUACCCAAGUUCCCCGGCUCUCAGCUCAGCCAAAGUCAGCCUGAAAAACCUACAGAUGUAUGAUGAGUUCGGGGCUUCAGAGGACCCUCUGCAGCUUCAGGCACAAGUCAGAGAGUUGAAAGCCCACCUGGAAAACCAGGCAAAAGUUAUCCUGCAAAUGCAAAGCCUCCUGCACAGAAACUCCCUCUCCAGCGACAUGGUUGCAAACACCUCCCAUCCGCUCGCUGUCAGGGAGAAAGACGACGCACACAAAGCGGACUGCAAUCAAGAAAGGGUCGGGCAGCCGAGUGGGAAAAAGGAGGCCGAAAACCAGUCGGCUACGGACAGAGCCGGUGUUGUGAAUAUCGACUUGUGGAAAGAGAGAACGCUGAACCGAAGCACAAACGAACAGCUGCAUCAAACCCGCAGCCGCUCAACGUCACCUGCUAGGCUUGAUUCUCUGGUGAAGUCUCAGGCCAGAGAGUUGUCACAGCUGAGGGAGCAAAUCAAGGAGAGCCGCAGGCUGGGAGUGCUGCAGCGCCGCCAGCUGGAGGAGCUGAGCAAGGCGUUCAAAAACCUGGUGCACUCUGGAGAAGUGGACUACUACAUGGGGGAGGUGGUGAAGGAGCAGCUGAACAAGAGUCUGAGCCUUCUGGACAAGCUGGAGGGCCGGCUGGACAAAGAAGAAACUCAUCCGGUUAGUGAGGAUGUUGCAGCUUUAGAACUGUCUCGCAGACUGGCUAAGGAGUUGCAGGAGAAGAAUCGCCUCAUCCAGAGCCUCCAGAGUCAGGUCCGAGGUCAGACUCCCAGCAGCCACCGCAGUUCCCAGUCCGACCUGAGCCGCUCAGACGUGACGAUUUCCUCCUGCCACAGCGGCAGCAGCACCACACAAGGCGGCAGCAGAGCACACAGCCAGCAGCAUUCUGCCGAGAACUCGAGAGCAGCCAUCUGUCCUGCAGGAGGCGCUCCGGAGAAAGGUGCGUCUCCUCACAGAGACGCUGCCAGCAGACUGCAGCAUCUGCAGCGGGAGAACCGGCGGCUGCAGGAGCAGCUGAAGAGCAACGAGGAGCUCAACGUCACCUUACGCAGCGAGCUGGACCUGCACCGCUCCAUUAUGGCGCAGACCAGCCUGCACCACCGAGAGCAGGAGCCAGUGCCGGGUCAGGAAGCCGCAGAGCCUCAAACGGGGACGCGUGAGCAAGGUGGAGACGUCGACUCACAAGGAGGAGAACAGCCUCGCACUAUGAGUUCAGACCUGCUGGCUGAAUAUCUCCAGGAGAUCAGAGCGUUACGCCAACGACUGGAGGAGAGCAUUCGCACGAACGACCGCCUGAGAGAACAGCUGGAGAGGAAGUUAGCCGAGGUGGAGAAAGACCCGGCCACAAACAUUUUUAUCCAGAACAGCGAGGAGCAGGGUCAGCUGGUUAAUGAAGUUCGCUUCCUUUGGGAACAAAAUCAAGUGCUAAAAGAGCAGCUCAACGUGGGAUCUCGAGACAAGCAGAAGGAGAACGAGAAGCUGCGCGAGACUCUGGCGCGGCGGACAGCCAAGCUGGAGCAGAGCAGGAAGGAGAGUGAAGUUCUGCGGAAGGAAAACCUCAGACUGCAGGAGACGCUGGAGCAAAGCCGCCAGGAGAACGUGCUGCUGCAGAAGUCCCUGCAGGCCAGCAGAGAGGAGCUGCAAAGGUUGCAGUGUGAGGUGAAGCUCCAGAGGCAGCAGCUGUCCGACUCCCAGCAUCUGCUGCAGUCGCUGCGAGUGGAGCUGCAGGUUUAUGAGAACAUCCAGAACGACUCCAGCCAGCAUGAACGGCGUCAGGAGUCCCCGCAUCCUGUCCCCACCUCGCCGUCUGGCUCGGUGAACCUCGGAGAGCUGCUGUCCGAGAUCAGACACCUGCGGCUGCAGCUGGAGAGGAGCAUCCAGACCAACACGGCGCUGCGCCAGAGACUGGAGGAGCAGCUGCUCAGAGGACCCGGUCACUCUGAGACCAUCAACAUCAACUACCUGCUGUCGUCUCCAGAUGAAGCGGGCCGGCCACCCGGUCGGGAAGGCUGCGAUCCUCCACUUCUAUCCUUCCAAAGCCGCGAGCAAACCAGCGUCCAUCAUGUCUCCUCAGAAGUGAAACAUCAGGCUCAGUCGUACAACGACGCCGACUCCGUCUGCAGCAGCUCCGAACAGAGCGUCUCCGGCGCUCCUUCCCGGUUGGUCCCGGGCCACCGGAUGUGGGCCACCCGCAACGGGCGCCACGUCUUGGGUCUGAUCGAGGACUACAACGCCCUCCGCAAGCAGAUCUCAGAGGGGAGGAAGCUGUCACGGAGCAUGGACGCACAGCUGCACGAGUGCCUGCACUCGCUCAGACAGCAAGGCUCCGACAACCAGACAAGAGAAAAGCAGCAGUUGAAGAGUUUAUCCAGCAGCAGCAGCACCAUGCAGCAGGUGCUGGAGGAGGCCGGCCGGCUGCUCAAGCUGCUGUGGAAGGUCUCUCUGCCGGCUGCUGGCCCAGCAGGGGGCAGCACCGACAGCCAGCAGGAUGAGCUGCUGAAAAACGAGAUCGCCAGGCUGAAGAGCAGAUUGUCUCAGCAGGAGAGGAUGCUGAGCGGAACCGUGAAGCGCCUGCGGACCACCAACCAGCUCAAAGAGGGGAUGGAGAGAGUCAUCAUUGACCAAUUGUCUCUGACUCAUGGAGUGUUGAAGAAAGCUCGGGGGAAUUUAGAGACAAAUUACUGCACCCUCUUUGGGCAGAAAGGCCCGUCUGGAGGAGCAGGCGCAGGAGGUCCCAGUCAGUGUGCAGUAGUGGAGGCUGAGCAGAGAAGUUUCCCUGUUUCCAGUCUGACUGCAGACAGAGACUCUGAUUUAUCAGAUGGAAACGGCGCCGCCUCUUCGCACUGCAGCGACUGAACCCAACGUUACCCAGCCUUCAUGUCCUGCUGUAAAACCGUCACCUUAUAAAUCCAAGCCUUUUUAUACCUGAAUUGCACAACCUUUGCCUUUAUUUUAAUCGUGGUACUAAAGCUGUACAAGUUUAUUUUAAAACAGUGCCUGUAUAAAUAGCCAUCCUUGCAUUGCAGCAAAAAUAUUUUCCUUUAUCUUUUUUUUUUUUUACAUGACAAAAGUAUUUUACUACUGUUUUACCUGGUGUAGGAGCUACUGUGAGACAAAUAUGUUCAAAUGCAGUAAAAAGUAUCAUGAUGAUGAA